AUGCAACUCAGUAAGCUUAUAACUCUCGUCGUUUUCGGUGCGUCUGCUGUUGUUGCUCAAAAGAGGCAACAACCUUCUGGUAACAGCUCUGCCACUAUUGUCGAACUUUUGACAGCUCCCAACAACACUCUGGGUGUAUCAAAGUUUGUCAAUUUUCUCCAAUCUGAUCCUGCUUACCAACCUACCAUCAAUCUCUUGAGUCAACCGGGCAACUACACUUGCUUUGUCCCCAAUAACCGUGCCAUUAAUAGGCUGCUUAUGCUCUGGAAGGCUUAUGCCCAAUCUAAUAAUCUUAAUGCAACUGCCUACCCUCCUGCCAACUUGUCUAUCGGAAACCUCACUCUUGCUGAUGUCGUAAACUACCAUGUUCUCGAUGACAAGGUUCAGGUUGCCAACAUGAGCAACUAUGUCAAUGUUGCCCAUUCCAUCUUGAACAACACCAAGGUUGAUCUUCUCGGUACUGGUUUGCCUGUUCUCAUCGAGAACAAUGCUACUUGGAAACAAUUCAACAAUCAAACCUGGCUGAAAACCCAUGGUCAGUAUCUUCAAUAUGAUGUUGGCAAUGGUGUUGAUGAUGCCGCUGUUCGUUAUCAUGAUCUUAAGGCCUCCAAUGGCUAUGUUAAUGUUAUUAACUCUGUUUUGAUUCCUCCCUUGAGCCCUAGCAUUGUUAUUGAAGAAGCCGACGAUGUUAAUGAUAUUGCUGAUCUCUUGACGACUCAUCCCGAAAUUGCAUCUACUCUCGAUGGUAUGAAGAACUUUACAUUCUUUGCUCCUGAUGACAAUGCUUUGAAGCGUGUCAACUUUAAAAAUAUGGAUAAUGCUACUAUCAAGAACGUUAUCAUGAACCAUUUAGUCGAGGGUGUCUACUACUCUACCAAUUUUACUGAAAAUGCUAAUUCCACCGACGGUAAAUUCAACCUGACUACAUUGAACAAUGGCACCUUGCCUAUUCAUGUCAAUGGCUCUUCUAUUAUUUUGAACAACACUGCUCGUGUUGUUGAGCCCAACAUCUUCUUCAACAAUGGUGUCAUGCAUGUCAUUAACAAGUUGCUCAAUGGUACCAGCACCAACGCCACUACCAGCUCCAACACCACUACCAGCUCCAACGCCGCUACCAGCUCCAACGCUGCUACCAGCACCAACGCCGCUACCAACACCAACGCCGCUACCAACACCAACACCGCUACCAGCACCAACACCGCUACUGCUUAA